AUGGCUUCUAUACAAGAACAAAUUAACAAGGCUCGUCAAGAAGCUCAAUCAUUGCAAGAACAAAUCAAGAAGAGUAUGGAGGGUGGUAAUGAUGCCAAAUUAUCUCAAUUGGAUGCCGCUCCCAUCACUCCAACCAAACUCAAAGUUAGAAACGUUCUUCGUGGACACUUGGGUAAAGUCUACAGCUGUGCUUGGAGUCCAGUUCCAGACAGCAAACUGAUGGUCUCUGCCUCACAAGAUGGUAAACUCAUUAUAUGGAACGCUUUGACCACCUACAAACAACAUGCCAUUACACUUCGUACUAAUUGGGUCAUGACUUGUUCCUACUCAAAUUCUGGACAAUAUGUUGCUUCUGGUGGUUUGGACAACAUUGUUUCCAUUUUUAACAUUAAUCAAUUGUCUGAAGCAACGGAUAGUUCACAACCAACAACUCCUCAUCGUGAAUUGAGUCAACACACUGGUUACAUUAGUGCUUGUAAAUUCAUUUCAAAUGACAAGCAAAUUUUAUCCAGUUCUGGCGACAUGACUUGUAUUUGUUGGGAUGUUGAAAUGGGUCGUCCAAUCAAGACCUUCCAAUCACACACUGGUGACUGUAUGUCUGUUUCUGUCUCUCCAGAUGAAUCUCAAUUUGUUUCUGGUGGUUGUGAUGCCUAUGCCAAGUUGUGGGAUAUUAGAUCGGGGAAGUGUGUUGCUACUUUUGGUGGUCACGAUUCCGAUGUUAACUGUGUUCAAUUUUUCCCUAAUGGGUUGAGCUUUGCCACUGCUUCUGAUGACAAUACUUGCAGACUCUUUGAUAUUCGUGCGAGCAGAGAAUUGAAGGUAUAUUCUGAUGAUUCUGUCAGAGAAGGUGCAACAUCCAUUUCAUUCAGCAAGAGUGGACGUUUGAUGUAUGCUGCUUACGAUGAAAAGUCAAUUGUUGUUUGGGAUACUUUGAAGGGUAAAAUUAUUCAAAACUUGACCAAUGAACAAAAUGGACCAGACGGAAGAGUUGCUUGUCUUGCUGUUUCUCCAGACGGUAAUGCAUUGUGUACUGCCUCUUGGGAUUUCAAUUUGCAAAUCUGGGCCUAA